AUGGCGCCCGCUCGCGUGAGCUCGUCGCGGGCCACAGCGUCCGAGCGCCUCGUGUUGAUCCCAGCCAUUGACAAGAGGAACACGACUGGCUACAAGAACGUGACCUACAACCGCAGCAGCAAGAAGUUCGUGGCAAAGGUGACGGAUGGCGGCGAGAGUGUCCACUUCGACACCGCCGAAGAGGCGGCCACCGCCUACGCUCGGUCAAAGUACGGCCGCGCCGACGCCGCCAAGCUGCGGCAGCCUCGCCCGGCUCCCACUGCCGCUGGCGCCGAGGCAGUACGGCAGGCGGAGAGGGAGGGCCUCACCCUCGCCACCAGCAGCAGCAGCAGCAGCGGCUACAGGGGCGUUGUUUACUGCCCGAGUCAGCACGGCAGAGGCAAGAAGUACCAGCUGAUGGUGAGUGUUGGCGGCAAGCAGGUCUACCUCGGCAUGUUCGCCACCGCCGAGCAGGCGGCGCUCUUCUACGCCCGCAGGGAGGCGGGCAGGGACACCAGCGAUCUCACCGCGCCGCCGCCGCCGCCGCCGCCACCCGUGCCUUCCUCUGCCGCUGGCGCUGAAGUAGUCCGGCAGGCGGAGAGGGAGGGCCUCACCCUCGCCACCAGCAGCAGCAACACCGGCUACAAAGGCGUGUACCACUGCCCGGGGGUGCGAGGCAGCAAGAAGUACCAGCUGCAGGUGAGGAGUGGCGGUAAGUUGGCCGGCCUUGGCUACUUCGCCACCGCUGAGGAGGCGGCGCUCUUCUACGCCCGCAGGCAGGCGGGCAGGCUGGCGGGCAGCGGCGCGUUGGAGGGGGCGGAGUCGGAGACAGAGACCGAGGGGGAGGAGGAGGAGGGGGAGGAGCCGGCCGUGCACCGCCCUGCGGCCCCCCGCCCCUCUGGCGCAGCGUCCAAGCGGAGGUCUCCAGGCCAGGCGAGCGCCGCCGGGCCGAGCCGCGUCUCGCAGCAGCCCGAUCCGGACGCCGUCUUUGGAGCACCGCCGCCGCCGCAGGUGCUCGCGCGCCGCCCCUCGCGCGCAGCGCUUCUUCCGCCGCCUGAUCUGUCGCUGCCGCCGCCACCUCCUUCGUCGCUGCAAGCGCCACCCCCGCGAAUCACCUUUGACGAGAAGGUGAUCGUCGAGGCGGAGCGCCGGCUAUGGAUUGAUCCGUGCGGCAACCUCGGCGCACGCGCGCACGCCGCCUACAUCGCGCUAUUGUAG